CCGAGCCGCGCGGUGCCUCGCCUCCCCCGCCCCGCGAUGAGCGCUCCGCCGCUGCGCCGGGCGCUGCUGGCCCUGCUCCUCGCCGCCUGCGCCGCCGCGCACCCUCCGUCCGCCGAGCAGCGCUGCUUCUGCCAGGUGACUGGCCAUUUAGAUGAUUGCUCCUGUGAUGUUGAGACUGUAGACACCUACAACAACUUCAAGAUCUUCCCCCGCCUGCAGAAGCUCCUAGAAAGCGAUUAUUUCAGAUAUUACAAGGUUAACCUGAAGAAGCCUUGUCCUUUCUGGAGCGACAGCAGUCAUUGUGGGAUUAGAGAUUGUGCCGUGAGGCCAUGCCCAUCGGACGAGGUCCCCGGUGGAAUCCGAUCCGAGAGCUUUAAGUAUUCCAGGGAGGCUGCCUCCUCGGUCGAAGACUGUGAAGAAGCAGAGAGACUCGGAGCUGUGGAUGGAUCCUUGAGCAAGGAAACGGCAGAGGCUCUGCUCCGGUGGACGCGGCACGACGAUUCUUCGGAAAACUUUUGCGAAAUUGAUGAUAUCCAGUCCCCUGAGGCCGAAUAUGUGGAUCUGCUCCUCAACCCGGAACGCUACACCGGCUACAAAGGUCCCGAAGCCUGGAGGAUCUGGAACUGUGUCUACGAAGAGAACUGUUUCAAGCCUCAGUCCAUAAAAAGACCGUUGAAUCCAUUAGCUUCUGGCAGAGCAGCUGGAGAAAAUGAAGGGAACAUGUUCUACAGUUGGCUGCAAGGCCUCUGCGUGGAGAAGCGGGCGUUCUACAGACUCAUCUCCGGCCUGCACGCAAGCAUCAACAUCCACCUCAGCGCCCGGUACCUUUUGCGAGACACCUGGGCAGAGAAGCAGUGGGGCCCCAAUAUUACCGAGUUCCAGCAGCGCUUUGAUGAGGUCCUGACUCAGGGUGAAGGUCCCAGGAGACUCAAGAACCUGUAUUUUAUCUACCUCAUUGAGCUGCGGGCCCUGUCCAAAGUCCUGCCCUUCUUCGAGCGCCCCGAUUUCCAGUUGUUCACCGGAAACAAGAGCCAAGACGACGAAACCAAGCGGCUGCUCUUGGAAAUUCUGCAUUUAGCCAAAUCUUUCCCUUUGCACAUCGACGAGAACUCCUUUUUUGCCGGAAAUCCGAGGGAAGCUGCCAAAUUAAAGGGAGAAUUCAGGCAUCAUUUUAGGAACAUUUCAAGGAUCAUGGACUGCGUAGAAUGCUUUAAAUGUCGCCUUUGGGGGAAGCUGCAAACCCAGGGUUUGGGAACGGCUCUGAAAAUCCUGUUUUCUGAAAGACUGAUAGACAAUAUGCCUGAAAGAGGCCCGUCGCACAAGUUCCAUCUAACCAGACAGGAAAUCGUGUCCCUCUUCAACGCGUUUGGAAGGAUUUCAACGAGUGUUAAGGAACUGGAGCACUUCCGGAGCCUCUUGCGACCUCUCCAGUGAAAUUCUUCUGAUAAAGACCGGCACUCCUUGUUCUGCGUGGGCAGGACUCCGAGCGGGCCCUGCUGGUGUUCGCGCCAGCUGCGAAUCGCGCUGGAUCACACUUCCGAGCAUGCCAGCUUCCCCUGGGCUCUCUGUGCAGCUGAAACGUUUGCGCACAACUGAAGCUUCCCGGGCGGCGGGGCAGGCCCCCGUUUGCAGCACCUGCCCUUGCUCGCCUGUGGUUUGGUGCUGCAAACAGGAUAAUUGUAUUAGGCCUUGGCAUCAGCGCACCACCUCCUUGCACUCCAGUGGCUGGGUUCGCACAACGUUCUCUCUCUUCUCGGUGUGCGCAGCCGAGUUCACGCAACACGGUAACACACGUUUCAGGGACGAGCCACACGCAGCGCUUGGGUGAGGGUUAUGCUGCCUGAGCUCAGGCAACGCAUCUCCGGAGAGCCACCUCCCCCAGUUAGCGGCCUGGGGAUGAUGUGACUUGUAGCCCAGCAAACUUAGAGGGCCCCAUGCUUGGGAAGGCUGUCCUAGAGAUGCAGAAUGCUGGGCCCCUGGUUCCAAAUUUGCCCCACAUCGCAGGCUCCUUGUGAUGUGCGCUAGAACAGUCUUCAGGAACUUUUCCAAAUGGCCGUCCGCCCACCCGCAGGCUGAAAGCGCUUUGGCGCCCCCGUGUCGCCGAAUCCCGUCCUGCCCCGGCAGCCCUUGAAUGGCUUUGUCCGGCCCUGCGAUCCUUUGCCUUUACUUCAUUUAAGGGCCCCGCAACGCAAGCUAAGUGAGGAAAGCUGCUUUCCAUGCAAAACCAUCCGAAGGGUCUUGAUUCCGUGUGCUGCGCUCUGGAGGGUUUGCUGGUUGCACAUGCCCCUCCCUCGAGCUGCAGCUGAGCAGGUCCCCCCAGUCUAGCAACAGAGCAACCCUGCUAGGGGAGUCCAUGGUGGGGUCUUUUCUCUUUGCUGCAGGAAAGCAGAAAAGCCCCUGUGGCCAAGCUGUGCCCCCCCCCCCCAAUCAGGUAUCCAUCUCCAGCAUCCUGCACAGUACUGUGACUUCAUCAGCCCACCUGGCCCAAAACCGAUGGGUCAGGGAUGCUGGUUUGCCAUGCUUGUCCUCGGUUCGAAGCCGGGCUGCCUAAACCGCCAGUGGAACAGAAAGGUAGGACUGUAUGGAGCUGCCGGGGAUAAGCUGAGAGGUAGUCUCUUCCUAUGGAUCAGCCUUUCCCAGCCUGGUCAUUUGGGAGUGCCAGACUGCAACACCCAUCAUCCCCGUGGUGCUAGGAACUAAGUGAUGGCCUGCUGCUGCUUUAGCCAAAAGACUUAGGAAAGAAAAUUGCCUCUGGCCAGUUUCCUCCGUCCAAAACAGGCUGUACUCAGGGAAGAGCCCAAAUGUAGAGCUGGACCCCCCCCCCCGCCCCCACCCCUGUGCACAUGACCUGCAGGCCCCUUGCACAAUCCGUUUCCCAGAUGUGUCAGUUUUCCACCAGAAAGAGGAGGAGGUCCGUGCAAUUCUGCUGAUAUAUGUUGUGUCCUGUGCAGGGAGAAAACUCUGGAUGCAAACAUUGUAUGGGUGGGUUUUUCUAUAAAAUACGUGAAUACAGAACUGAGCUCCACGCUUA